UACAGCCAAUCAGAUCGAGCCUUCUAACAUGCAGAAAAAACUGAAGUUGUCCCAUUUCCUCCACCGGUAAUGUCUGAGGAAGCCAUGGAGAGUUCGUCUGUGUACAUGUGCUUCCCCUGCUACCAGGAGUUUAACACCCUGGAAGAGGUACUUGAGCACCAGUUGACGUGCACUGCUGAGGAUGAACAGCCCGACACAUCUGGAACCAUCCCUGUCAAUGUUCCAUUGCUACAGACUCGGCCCUGUGCCAACCCUCCAGAAAUCAGCUGGUAUUCGAAUCUGACACCAGCAUGGACAAGUGGAGAGCAGCAGGUAAUAAAUAUAUCAAGGACAGUUGCACACCCAGAGAUCCAAGCUCAUGCAGAACACUCCUCUGAGCAACCUUUGAAGAGUGAACUCAAGCAGGCUACAGACCAGCCCAGAAUCCUCUACCAGUGUGGGGAUUGUGAUGAACUUUUCAAGAGCCUGGACCUUUGGCAGCAACACCGUAAAGAAGAGACAUGUCAGCAGUCUGCUUCCGGGACCAAGUCCAAACCUGAUCCAGAACUUGAGCCAGAGACUGCUUCAACUCAGAGCUCCGAUUCAACUGUAAAUCCAGAUAAUUCUUCCCUGUCGCAGAGUGAAAUUAGCAAAAAGCCAGAACCAGAGGAAUUCGUAGCAGAGGAAGAGAGGCAGCAGGUCACAGAUACAUCUUCAGCUCAGAGUUCUGAUCCUGCUGUUUCUGAGGUGGCCCCUUCAACCUCUAACCUAGAGGAUUCAUCUCCCAGGAAGAGAGGCGCAAACAAAAAGCCUAAGCCCGAACCAGUGCUAUUGUGUGUGGAUUGUGGCUCGUGCUUUGGCCUGGUGUCUGAACUCGUGGCACACCGCAAGACCCAACACGGCUUUGAGGAAGCUCUGCACCGCUGCGCUGUGUGUGGGGAGAGCUUUCUAAAUACCACCCUAUUUCUCUACCACCGCAAGCAGCACCGGCAGAAAGGCGAGGAAAAAAUGCUAGUGGUUCCUGAAGAGACAUCAGAGGAAGUUUUUACUCAGAGCAAUGGGACUGGCGAGCAGGGACAGGAUGCCACUCCCCCCACCACUAGUGCCAGCUACAGUUUCACACAUCCAGAGUUGUUCAUGUGCACCCAGUGUGGGCAGAGCUUCAGCGAUGAGGAAGAGCUGGUCACCCAUCGUAAGCAGAAGCAUGACCUGAAAAAGCCACUACACAGUUGCCCCCAUUGUGGGGAGGGCUUUAUGAACACCACCCAGUACCUGUACCAUCGCCGGCAGCACCGCUUCUCAUCAGGGACAGAGGUGGCAGAUGCAGCUGAAACUGGUGAUGAAACAGCCGUCACUAAACCUCAAGAUACUCCACAGAGCUCGAAACGGCUGCUUUCCCCACCUGCCUCUGCUAGUGAAUCAGGUUCACCCCUUUCUAAGAGAAGUAAGCCCUCUUUCAGGAUCCUGAGCGGUGUCAGUGCGCUAAAAGGAAACAAGGGCUCAGGCACCAGAGAGGAAUCAGAAGGCAGCAGCACUGCAGCAGACUCAGACAACACCAACCACCCUCCACCUGCCAAACUACUGCAGGACUGGGCCCGCACGCCACUACCCCAUGUUUGCCCCUACUGUGGCAAAACCUUCACCCGACGCGUCUUCCUCCGCACCCAUGUCUACAGCCACACCGGGGAAAAGCUCUUCACGUGCAAGGUGUGCACAAAGUCCUUCACUAACUCCCAGAGCCUGCUGCGCCACAGCAUGAGCCACACGGGCAACAAGCCCUUCAGCUGCGACGAUUGUGGCAAAAACUUCUCCCAGGCAGCCACCCUGAAAAGACACCAACGCAUUCACUCAUCAGCCCUGCCUCGGCGCAAGCGUGGACGCAAACCGGUUUGUACUUUGGACAGUGAGGGAGCUGCUCAUCUCUUCCCUUGUCCUCACUGCCCUUCGCGCUUCAACACGGAGGAUCAGCUUAACCAUCACAAACUGCUCCACACCAGCCAUCCAUUCCCUUGCCCCGAAUGUGGAGAGGCCUUCAAACGCAGGAAAGACCUGGACCUGCACUCGCUCACUCACCAAGACAAGCAGCCGGCGACGUGUCCUCACUGUUCAUCCCAGUUUGUGAACCAAUCAGUACUGGAAAUCCACAUGCAGCGUUGCCCUACAACAGAGGAGGAGAAGAAUACUGGUCGUGGACGUGGUCAGGGCCGGGGACGAUGCACUGGACAGAUUGAGUGUGACCUAUGCGGUCACCGUUGCAUGACCCAGGAGGGCCUCGACCUCCAUCGAUUAUCCCACACGGGCCAGACACCUCUCAAAUGCCCAGUGAGGCCAUGCCGCCGCCGAUUUACCUCCAACAGUGCCCUGGAGGAGCAUGUGCUGGCCCAUUUCCAAGGAACGCUCAGCAAGUCCAAAAACCGACCUCGCUUCCGCUGUCAGAUUUGCCACAAGGAAUUUUCCUACAAUUCCACCUUCCAGGUCCACAUGAGGACACAUACUGAUGAGCGGCCCUUUGAGUGCACCACAUGUGGCAAGCGCUUCCGCCAGCUGCCCCAUCUGCAGGACCAUGAGCGCAUCCACAGCGGCCUGCGGCCUUUCUGCUGCUGGAUUUGCGGCAAGAGUUUCAGUGUGGCCGCCCGACUCACUGAGCAUGCCCGCACCCACAGUGGGGAGAAGCCCUACCCCUGUACCCACUGCCCCGCUGCCUUCCGCUCUCGCUCCAACCUGGAUAAACACAUCCGGCUACAUGGAGACCUGCCUCUGGAGACCGCUGAGCAGGCAGCUGAGGCUGCCCAUGUCGCCAAGGUGCUGGAGGGGGGCAAGGUGCUGUCUUCUUUGGCCACCACAGGGGAGGCUGAUUCUGGCUCAGUGCAGACCAUCUAUGUGCUGCAGGGGGGCGAAGGAGGCACUGAAACGGUCAUGAUCCCGUCUGAUCAGCUCAGCGGCAUGGAAGGCACUUCACAGGUCGUCAUCCUGCCCUCCUCUGUUCUGGGAUCUCGGACCAUUACUGUUCCCACGAUCACCAUGGAUGGAAAUGAAAUUACCAUGGUGGAGACAAGCCAGUCGCCACAGCAUGCCAUUGAGUUCAUUGUGGAAGAAACUGUGUGAAGGCUGAUUAAAAAACAAUUGUGUGAAGGACAACAAAGUAGAGAAAGACUGAAAGAUUAGUGGAGAAUAUGGACUGUUGAUGGAGUUUGAUAAAUGCAGGAUAUACAGUUAUUACCUUUAUAUGUAUAUAGUUUUAGUUUUAAGUCCGUUUCAACAAAAUAUCCAUCCUGUGUAGUAAUAUAUAUAUUUUUUAUUUAAUAACAUUGUUGAAUCAGAGCAAAACUAAUGGCUUAAAGGCUACUACACAGAUAAAACUCGCAGGAAAACAGAAUGUACCUUUAAAUUAGUCUUUCAAACUGAUUGAAAAACGGGUUACAAAAUUGGCCCUCGAUUGUAUACAGACGUGGUGUAUUUAUAGCCCCUAUUUAUUAGGGGAAAGACCAGUAGUGGCCCAUGAAAUGUCUUCUGCUUUCUUUAUAAUAAAACUCUUCAGUUUUCAUACUG